UCCUCCUCCAUGGCACUUCACUUCAACCACCAAAACUUCCCUCCUUCUCCGGCGAAUCAUGGCGCGUUACGAACUAGACCUCACCAUUUCCUCCGCCAAAAACCUCAAAAACGUCAACUGGCGUCACGGACCUCUCAAGCCUUACGCCGUCGUCUGGGUUGACCCGAAAAACAAAUGCUCCACACACGUUGACGAAGAAGGCGACGAGUCGCCGGUGUGGGAUCAAAAACUCAUCAUCCCUCUCAACGAUCGAAUCGAGGAUUCCACUCUCUACAUCGACAUCGUUCAUGCUAACGCGGCGGAGGACACCAAGCCAUUGAUCGGCUCCGCCAAGCUCAAACUCAAGGACGUCGUUGAUGAGGUCGGAAUCGGUGAGUAUUAUGUCGAUACUUUAAAACUCAAACGUCCCUCCGGCCGCCCUCACGGGAAGUUGGAGGUGAAAGUCUCCGUUAGGGAACCGAGCUAUCGUGCGCCGGAUCCUUACUACGCACCUCCAUACGGCGUUCCACCACCACAAUCACAAUACCCAGCUGCUCCGCCACCUUACGGUGGGGGUUAUCCCUACGCUGCUCCGCCGACUGGGUAUCCGUAUUCUCCGUACGGUGCUCCUCCGCCAUACGGUCAGCCUGGUUAUGGGCAGUCUGCUGGUUACGGUGGUCAACCACCGUCGUACGGCGAGUAUAAGGAGGAGAAGAAAAGUAAGUAUGGAAUGGGGACUGGACUGGCGGUUGGUGCGGCGGCGGGAUUGGUGGGUGGGCUGGCGAUUGCGGAGGGGGUUGAUUAUGUGGAAGAUGAAAUCGCCGAAGAUGCCGCCGAUAAAGUUGAGGAUGAUCUCGGGUACGACGUCGACGACGAAUAGACAAUUAGACUUUAUCCAUCUUUUUAUUUUUUCUUUCUGUUUCCCUUUUAUAUAAAAGGGAAUCGAUGAUGUUUGUCUAAUGUGUUUUUAAUCAUUAGUAAAAAUCAAGAAUUGCAUGAAUUGAAGUUGUUACUUGUUUGUUGUUACAUGUUGAAAAUGAUAAAAUGAUAUGAUCCCAGUUAAUUA